AUGGCGCUUAAAACGCCAUCACCAAUUUCUAUGGGCAAUGAGGGUAAAUUGGAAGAAUUUCAAAAAUUUCGAGUAGCAUUCGAAAACUACGAAAUAGCAACUGGUUUGGACGAAAAAACCGAAAAAGGUGGUAAAAUGACAGGAGAAAUCACACUCUCUAUAGAUCCAAAUAUAAAACCUGUGAAACAAAAGCCAAGAGGAAUUCCAGUGUUAUUCAAAGAAGAUCUAAGAAAAGAGUUGAAAGAUCUUGAAGAUAGAGGCAUUAUAGAAGAAGUAAACGAACCGUCAGAGUGGAUCUCAAACAUAAUUCUUGUUAAAAGAAAAUCCAAGCUCAAAAUUUGCUUUAAUCCAUACCAUCUCAAUCAAGAACUCAUGCGUGAACACAACCAAUCUACGACUAUAGAAGAAAUCUUACCGCACCUUUGA